AUGAAGACCGCAAAAUACAAAUGCAUUCCCUCCGGCGUGUUGGCAAACAUUCUUUUCAGGCUGCCUGUGAAAUCUCUGAAGCGGUUCGAAUGUGUAUGCAGAUACUGGUAUGAUCUCAUCAAAGACCCGAGUUUCACCAUCCAACACCUCCAUCAUUCCAAAAACGUGAAUCAGCAUUUUCUCCUUCAGAAAGGUAUACGUUAUGGUCAUGUCUCCUUGCUUUGUUUGGACGAAAUAUCGCUUCUUUCUCGGCAUCGGCUAAACUUACCCUCGGUCUUUUCUGAAAUUUUGGGUCCUUGCAAUGGAAUCUACUGCUUCAUAAGGCUUAAUGUCGAAUUCGAACUGGAUCUUAUUGCACUGGCAAAUGUUUCACUCAGAGAAUUCAAGGUUGUUCCAGACUUGAGCAUCGCACAUCCUCACAGCGAACGUCAAAGCGUCAAACUAUAUGGAUUUGGAUUUGAUCGUAAAACCAAUGAUUACAAGUUGGUAUUAAUUCUCAGUUGCACAGAUAGAAAGGGCAUCGAAUUCGAUUGUAAGGAGGUUGUAUAUAGCUUGCGUUCUAAUUCAUGGAGAGAAAUAGAUCGUACUUUUCCGUAUGCUGAAGUUACCCAUUGGCCUUCUCCGUUUUUUAAAAUUAGCUAUUGGCCUUACCUUUUGACGAGUGACAGUGGCACCUAUGUCAACGGGAAUUCUCACUGGUUGGUCAGUGAUACCGCUCAUUGGUUGGCCAACAAUGUUAUUCGUUAUAUAAUUCGUUAUUUUGACAUGGCUGAUGAAGUGUUCCGAUGGAUUUCGCUUCCGAAGUUACUGGAGUCUUCCUCCUAUGGUGACAUGGAUGUCAAUAUUAAUGCGUUGUACACUGAUUCACUUUCCGUGGUUGUUCGUCCGAAGUCUUAUAUCCCUGACAAGACUUGUGAAGUAUGGAUCAUGCACGACUACGGUGACGAUGAAUCUUGGACCAAACUAGUUACGAUAGGGCAAAUUGAAGGCAUUGCAAGGUCACUGAAGCUGUUGGGAUUUUGGCACAAUGGAGAGUUUCUUUUCGAAUAUGACGAACAAGAAGUGAUCUCAUACAACCCAAACACUCAGAAGAUCUCCCAGAAAUUCCGAGUUUGCGGAUCGUUGCGAGCUUACACAGAGAGCUUGGUUUCAAUCAUAGGAGAUCAACUGGACGACCAAAAUAUGUUGUUUGAUAUUGUUAAGGAAAGUGAUGAUCCAACUCUUCAACAACCCACAUCUUCGUAA